ACAACGCAAAACACUAAGCAACCUCAUAGCCUUAACCAUGAGUGUAAUCAAAACAACCUCCUUUUGGCUCUCUGCCUUUGCCAUUGCACUUGUUUCUCUUAUAGUUGCUCUUUAUAUCGUCCCUAUUUCCAAAACAACUACUAACACUCCAACUAGCUUUGAAUUUAAUUUUCUCGAAAGGGUUGUCAAGCAAAGUGGUCUAGAGGACUUCUCCGUCCUAGACCGGAUUGCCCAUGGACCAUCUAGGCACCACCACCACCACCACCACCACCACCAAAGAAAGCCCAAGAAAACAUGUGAAACCAUCAAAUGGCAGUCGAGGCUCGUAUCAGACUAUGAUGUGUCCCUUGUUUUGACAGUAGAUUUGAAGGGUUGUGGGAAUUUCACCAGCUUGCAGAAGGCAGUAGAUUAUGUUCCUGAUUCGAGCCUUACUAGGACCCUCAUCAGGAUUGAUUCUGGCACAUACAGGGAAAAAGUAGUGGUUCGCGCUAACAAGACGAAUGUGAUAUUUGAAGGCAGCGGUUAUCUCAACACAGCCAUUGCCUGGAAUGACACCGCGAAUUCUACUGGAGGAACUGUCUAUAGUGCUACAGUUGCCAUCUUUGCUCCCAACUUCACCGCCUACAACAUUAGCUUUCAGAACACAGCUCCUGCACCGGACCCGGGAGAAGUUGGAGCACAGGCAUUGGCACUAAGGAUUGCAGGAGAUCAAGCUGCAUUUUAUGGCUGCGGAUUUUAUGGAGCUCAAGACACCCUCCACGAUGAUCGAGGGAGGCAUUAUUUCAAAGAUUGUUUCAUCCAAGGAUCUAUAGAUUUCAUUUUUGGAAAUGCUAGAUCACUCUACGAGGAUUGCAAGAUAAAUUCUAUAGCGAAAGAAGUAUCUUCCGGGAUCAGUGGAGCCAUUACAGCUCAUGGAAGGGAUUCGAUUGACGAGAAGACAGGGUUCUCGUUUGUGAAUUGUAGAGUUGGUGGCAGUGGAAGAGUGUGGCUUGGCCGAGCAUGGGGUGCAUAUGCUACUGUGGUGUUUUCCAAAACAUAUAUGUCCGAUGUUGUUGCUUCAGAUGGCUGGAAUGAUUGGAGAGACCCCUCUAGAGACCAGACAGUAUUCUUUGGGGAGUACGAUUGCGUAGGACCCGGAGCAAACUACGCAUACAGAGUCUCGUACGGGAAGCAACUAAAGCAAUCUGAAGCAGCACCUUACAUGGAUGUUGGAUAUAUUGACGGGAACGACUGGCUUCCUUCUCAGCCAAACGACUUCCUAAAUUCUACUCACACUUCUCGUAACAGAGACUUCAUUUAGAUAUACUAAUACAUGUAAGAAUAGGCUUGACAUCAAAGGGUAUAAACGUAUAUACGGGUUAGUUAAUAUUGUUAUAGGGAUAUCAAAAUAACAGUUUCUAAAAAAAUAAAGGGUUAGCUUGAAAUAGCAAGAAAGGAAAAGAAACACAAAAUUUUAAAAUUUUUUAAUUGUUUGGUUAGCCUGAAUAGGAAAAUUUUCAGAAAAUUCUGUUAUUAGAUUAUGAUUAUUAAAAUUAGGUCCCUUUUCCACUCACAAAAGAAGUGAACUAAUAUAAUGCAGUAGUAGAGUCCUAAUAUAUAUUGCAACUUUAAAAUAAAAAAUUAAAAUUAAAAAAAAUUAAAAAACUAUUCAAUUACCAAAUUUAUAUUUGGACAUAUAUAUAUAUAUAUAAAACCCAAUCUUAUAUAUUUUUUUAUGCUAUGUAUAUUAUUUAUAUUAAAUUAGUAAGAAUAGUUUUGGUAUAUAAAAUCAUUUUCUUUUCACUUUCCUGGCAUCCAAACUCAUGGAACAAUAUUUUCUCACAAUUUUCUUUAAAAAAAUUCAUGCUAACCAAAUGCAUGAUAGAAACUAAAUUUUCUUUUCCUUUACUUCACUUUCUUUUCCUUUCACUUUUCACCAUCAAAUUCCGGCUAACCAAACAGACCCAAAAGGAAAUAAUAUUUAUGAUCCAUUUUCCAUUUCAUUCAGUUACAAGUCGACCUUGCUUAGGCCCAGAUGCUUAUUGGGCAAGGCCCAAAUGUGUAAAAACCCAUUUCAGUCAGCAACAAAUCCAACUUGCUAAGGCCCAGAUGCUUAUGAGAGCUUCCGUACAACCAUAAAACCUCAUCCUCCGUGUAGAGACCGUUUCAACCGUUGGAAUUCUGCCUAAACCAGUUCUUGACUUGCUGUCGAGAUAAAUACAGUUUUAUUAUGUUUGCUAGUUGAAAAAUUGAGAAUGGAGAUGUGACAUUUUAUUCCGGCAGGUAGGACAGAGUGCCGCGAGUAUUUUAUUAAAGCACACAAUGAUUUUGAUGUUGGAACCAUCGCUAUAUGUGUUCCAUUUCAAUAUUGUAACAUUCCAUUUGAUUUGGUCAUGCCCAAAAGAGCUGCUAGCCAUUGCUAUCAGACUUUUCAAUUUAGUGUUUUUAUACGUUAGUAGUUGUUGUAUACAC